AUGGAGGCUUCUCAGGACCCAGUAUCUGGCAGUUACUGUUCGCCAAAUUGUCCUGUAGUUGCUUCAGUCAGGGACAAUCAGACUAGACAAAUACAAGAAGCUGUUUCAAAUGUGGAAAAACAUUUUGGUGAAUUGUGCCAAAUAUUUGCUGGAUAUGUACGCAAAACUGCCAGACUACGAGACAAAGCAGAUCUUCUAGUAAACGAAAUAUAUGCAUAUGCAGCCACAGAGACACCAAACUUAAAAGUUGGACUGAAAAACUUUGCAGAUGAAUUUUCCAGACUUCAGGAUUAUCGCCAGGCAGAGGUUGACAGGCUUGAAGCCAAGGUUGUUGAACCUCUGAAAAGUUACGGGACCAUAGUGAGACUUAAAAGGGAUGAUCUUAAAGCAACUUUAACAGCAAAGAACAGAGAAGCCAAGCAAUUAUCUCAACUGGAAAAGACACGUCAGCGGAAUCCAUCAGAUCGACACAUUAUU